AUUUCCCUUUCAUUUAUUGUGUUCUCCCGAGCAUUCCCUUUACGUCUCUCUCCUCCGUUGAACCGUACUCUAAAGUCUGAAUCCUCCAUUGAAGCAACUUCAAAGCUUCCAAUCCUCCAUUGAAGCAACUUCAAAGCUUCCAAUCCUCCAUUGAAAUACCUUCCAAGGUAAGAUUUAGCUCUGCCCCUUCUAUGUUAGGAAGGAACAAUGAAAACGGACCUCUUCUUCCUGGGUCAAGGGCUUCCGCCCCUUUUGCCCUGCCUCAGGGACGGAACUUGCCCUCAAAUUGUAGGACAGUCCUAGAAUCUCUGGCACACUUUGACCUCUCAUCGACUUCAUCGUCUUCCUCUUCUCUACAUUCCUUCAACUGCGUCGCCAUUGCUGUUAUCGAUGAUUCUCAGCUUGUAAUUUACUGUGGUACCAAUUCCGGUGAUCUUCUUUUGUUGACCAUAAACCCUAAUUGUGAUCGAUCAUUGUCGGCGACAGUCGAUGAUGCCGACGAUGGUAGGUUGAAGGUUGUAAGAUGUGUUAAUAUCAGUCGUUCUGCUGUUAAUUCAAUUCAUGUUGUUAAUCAAAUUAGUAGAAUUUUGGUUCUUUCUGAUGGGUUUUUGUAUCUAGUUGAUCUGCAAUUGUUACAGCCUGUGAAAAAGUUAGGGAUUCUGAAGGGUGUUAAUAUUGUUGCUAGAAGGGUUUGUAGUACUGAAUCUGGAAAUUCUAAUUGGAUUCUUGAGGAUGGUGUUAGUAGUAGUGGUAGUACUGUAGGUGGGAGGCUUAUGAAAAAGUUAGGUGGCGGCGUUAGAUCGAAUAGGGCGAGGGUUAAGGAAUUCAGUUCUAGGGGAGUGGAUAAUGAUGGUGCCUGCCUUUUUGUGGUGGCAAUGGGGAAGAAAGUGCUGUUCAUUGAGCUGAAUUCGGGCAGUAGUAAGCAUGAUCGAGAGGUCGAUGGGCAACGUGGGUUGUUCGUGAUUUUGAAGGAAAUGCCGUGUAUUGAUGGUGUGAAGACUAUGGCUUGGCUUGAUGAUUCAUUAAUUUUAGGGACUGAUAGUGCUUAUAGUUUGAUGUCCUGCAUUACAGGGCAUGUUAAUUUGAUAUUUUCUCUUCCUGAUACGGCUGCUAUUCCUUGUCUCAAAUUGUUGUCAAAAGAUAAGAAGGUGCUUCUACUGGUUGAUAAUGCGGGCAUUAUCGUGGAUCGUCAUGGACAGCCUGUUGGUGGUACCCUGGUAUUUGGUUGUGCUCCUUGUUCGAUUGCUGAGUUAUCUUCGUAUGUGGUGGUUGCUUGUAAUGGAAAGAUGGAAAUAUAUCAUAAAAUAUCAGGAAAUUGUGUUCAAGCUCUUUCUUUCAAGGGUAACGUUGGAACGAGUAAUUGUUUUGUUGCUGAUGAGGAGGAUGUGAAUGGAAGAUUUGUUGUAUUUGCUACAUCAUCUAAGGUGUUUUGUUACCGUAAAAUACCAUCUGAAGAACAAAUUAAAGAUUUGUUAAGGAAGAAGAAUUACAAGGAAGCGAUCUCCUUAGUGGAGGAGCUUGAGGUUGAUGGUGACCUUUCUAGAGAAAUGGUGUCUUUUGUCCAUGCUCAAGUGGGGUUUCUUUUACUGUUUGACUUGCGUUUUGAGGAAGCGAUUGAACAUUUCUUAUUGUCAGAAACCAUGGAGCCAUCAGAAAUAUUUCCAUUUGUUAUACGAGACCCUAAUCGAUGGUCUUUGCUGGUACCCAGGAAUAGGUAUUGGGGUUUGCAUCCACCUCCCGUACAUGUUGAGGAUGUUGUAGAAGAUGGCCUGUUGGCUAUCCAAAGAGCAGCUUUUUUGAAGAAAGCUGGAGUAGAAAGUGCUGUCGACAAUGAGUUUCUUUUGAAUCCACCAACUAGGGCUGAUCUUUUGGAUUCAGCAUUUAGGAAUUUAAUUAGGUAUCUCCUGGUAAUGCGGCAUAAAGAUCUUAUUCAGCCAGUGAAGGAAGGAGUUGACACAGUUCUAAUGUACCUAUACAGAAUACUUAAUUGCACUGAAGAUAUGGAGAACCUUGCAUCUUCUGAAAAUAGCUGUGUUGUAGAGGAAUUGGAAUCUUUACUAGAAGAAUCUGGGCAUUUGAGGACCCUUGCUUUUCUAUAUGUGAAUAAAGGAAUGAGCUCUAAUGCGUUAGCUAUUUGGCGUGUUUUAGCUAGAAAUUAUCCGCUUGGCACUCACCAAGAUGUUGCUGAUUCAUACAACGUGAGUGAUUCAAAUUCAAUACCAGUUUCCAGCAGGGAAACUGCAUCCAUUGAAGCGUCUAAAAUACUUGAGGAGUCUGCUGACGUUGAGUCGAUUCUGCAGCAUCUUGGAUGGAUUUCAGAAGUUAAUGAGGAACUUGCCGUUCGCGCUUUAACAUCUCAAAAACGUACCAGCCAACUUCCACCUGAUGAUGUAAUUGCCGCUAUUGAUCCAAGAAAAAUAGAGAUCCUUCAAAGAUAUCUGCAGUGGUUGAUUGAAGAUCAAGACUCUAGUGAUACUCAUUUUCAUACAUUAUAUGCUCUUUCCCUUGCCAAAACUGCUUUUGAAAGUCUGGAAACAAAUGCUACUCUGAAUGCUACUAACAAAAGCAUGAGGGAACCAAAUACAUGUAUACCUGGAAGAAAUUUGUCAUCUGAAAAUCCUGUUAGGGAAAGACUACAAAUCUUUCUUCAUUCUUCCGAUCUGUAUGAUGCAGAAGAAGUUCUUGAGUUAAUUGAAGGCUCAGACUUAUGGCUAGAGAAGGUGACACAUAAUGUUUUCAGUUUUGGAUUUAUGUGGAAAAAUUCUCUGGCUAUUUUAUACAGGAAAUUAGGACAGGAAACAUUGGUUCUUCAAAUAUUGGCACUGAAGCUAGAAGAUAGUGAGGCUGCUGAACAAUAUUGUGUAGAACUUGGCAGACCAGAUGCCUACAUGCAGUUGCUUGAUAUGUAUUUAGAUCCACAGAACGGUAAGGAGCCAAUGUUUAAUGCUGCAGUCCGUCUACUUCAUAAUCAUGGAGAAUCACUUGAUCCUCUGCAAGUCCUAGAGAGAUUAUCACCAGAUAUGCCACUCCAGCUUGCAUCAGAAACGAUAUUAAGAAUGCUGAGAGCUCGACUUCAUCAUUAUCAUCAAGGAAAAAUUGUGCAUAGUCUUUCGCGUGCAGUCGAUGUUGAUGCUAGGCUUGCUAGACUUGAGGAGAGAGCACGGAAUGUGCAGCUUAAUGAUGAGAGCUUAUGUGAUUCUUGCCAUGCCCGUCUUGGAACCAAGCUGUUUGCUAUGUACCCUGAUGAUUCUAUCGUCUGUUACAAGUGUUUCCGUCGCCUUGGGGAAUCUACAUCUGUAGGGCGCCGUAAUUUCAAGAAGGAUGCAUUAAUUAAACCCGGUUGGCUCGUUUCUAGGUAGUGUAUUGAGAGACAUCUGGAAGCAAAUGGCUGCACAUAGUAGCUCUUGGUAAAAAAAAUAAAAAUAGUUUUCUUUGGUUGCUUACUUUGUUUUGGGGUCCUUGCUGUUUAAGUUGUUAAUUGAUACUGAUUGUGUUGUGGAUAAAUGAUUAGUCAGUAAAUUCUGAAAUGUAGUCAGUGUAUAUUCAAAAUUUGAAUAUAAAUAUUCAUUUCUCGUAAGCA